AUGGGAAGCAUAGCUACGAUGCGUGCUGCACAAUUUCAUCGCGAUACAGGCAAGAUCCAGGUCAAUGAAGUCCUCAUUCCGGAGCCGCUCGACACGGAGAUAUUGGUCAAGAUCAAAUCUGCCUCCUUAUGUCACUCCGACAUCAUGGCUAUUGAAGGCUGGACGCCAACCCCGAGCAGCGUGAAACCCCUCACUCUAGGGCAUGAAGGCGCCGGCGUCGUCGAAAAGCUAGGGUCCAAAGUUAUAGGAUUCAAGCCUGGGGAGCCGGUGGGAUUUUUGUAUAUCACGGGAUGUUGUUUUGAAUGCGAAGCAUGCAGGGUCUACAACCUCUAUUGCACGCAGGGUAUUCCACGUAUCCAGGGGAUGACCGCGGAUGUCGACGGAUUUUUCGCCGAGUAUGCUGUAGUCGACUACCGGAAUGCCAUCGUUCUCCCGGAGGCGAUCAAACUGGAGACGGCUUCUCCGCUCUUCUGCGCGUUCAACACUGUCGAAUCGUGUGAGCUGAAACCUAGUGAAUGGCUCGCAGUCGUCGGCUGUGGAGGAUUAGGGCAGGCUGCCGUGCAAUAUGCCAAAGCCAUGGGCAUCAAGGUGAUCGGACUGGACAUCAGCGACGAGACACUCACCGAAGCCCAGCGGGUCGGCGCUGAUCUCACGGUCAACUCUGCCACGAAUCCGAACUAUCUAGACGAAAUCCGAAAGGCCACGGGAGGUGGAGUGCAUGCCGCGGCUGUCUACAGCUCUUCGAUAGCGGCGUAUGAAAACGCAAAGAAAGCUCUCCGAAUAGGCGGCCUCCUCAUGGCCGUGGGUCUGCCCGAAAAGCCAUUUCCGGUGGUUUUGACAGAGAUCAUUACUGGACUGUAUCGGCUCAAGGGCGAUUGUACUGGAAUUCCAGAACGUAUGCCACGUGCCAUUGAGUUCACCGCAAAGCAUGCCAUACAGCCGAACGUUGUCAGCUUCCAUAAGCUGGAGGAAGUACCGGACAUGGUUGCGAAGAUGAAGGCACAAAAGUCCACGGGAAGGAUGGCAGUGCUCUUUUAG